AUGGAGACCCUGCGCAGGAGCCUUUCCCGCUGGAAGCGCUUCCACAUCAAGGUCCACCUGGCCGAGGAGGACCUGCUGGUCCCGCUGACGGUGCGGCCGACGGACAGCAUGAUGGACCUGAGGGCGUCGCUGGUCCGGGAGGGCGUCACCUCCUGGAAGAAGGCGUUCUACUACAACGCCCGGCAGCUGGGCGAGCGCGAGACGGUGAAGGAGGCCAAAAUCCAGAACGGCUCGGUGGUCUUGCUGGUCAGCCAGAAGAGGUAG